UAAUCUAAUUGUGACACAUGACACUUGUUUAUCAUCAGUAGAAAGCGCAGUAUAUUCACAAAAAUGGCACUGCUGUAUACGAGGCUUCUUUGCCGGCGUAAUGUCGAUUUUCGACAUUUUCGGAGUCUGUACACAUGCAGUCCUCUUACUGCUGCAGUUUCAAAGCCUUCACAUGCAUCAAGCACUUGUGAAUCUCAUGAUGAGAAGAAUAUGCGUCUAAAAAGACCAUUGUCGCCACACUUGACUAUCUAUGAAUAUCAAUUAACAGCAGUGCUCUCAAUAACACACAGAACUACUGGGAUUAUGCUAGCCAGUUACGCAAUGUUCCUUGGUUUAGGCACAUUAUUUAUACCUGGUGGUAUUCCUUGCUUUAUAGAAACAGUGGAUAAUUUAUGUUUAUCUUUACCUGUACUGUUUGCUGGCAAAACCUUACUUGCUUUACCUGCUACUUACCAUACAUUUAAUGGAAUACGUCAUUUGGCCUGGGAUUUCGGAUUAUUCCUAACAAUUAAAGAAGUGUAUAGCACUGGAUAUAUAGUAUCUGCAUUAGCUGUUAUUUCUGCACUUGCACUUGCAGCAAUGUAAGUGUUUAUUAUAUGAAAAAAAAUUUUUCUUCAAAAUUAACUGUAUUGUCAGAUUACAUGAAAUCUGUAUUGUAUUAUUGAGUUAUAUAAUAUUACAGAAUAAAAUAAAUUAUUGUGAAACUAU